UCCAGCAGGCGGACUGAGCCGCACUGAGAGGGAACAAGUUAGACAAGAUGUGCGGACUGAAAUGUGCAAUGAAAGAAGAAGCAGAAGGGGGAUACUGACACACAAGAGAGGCAGCGACAGAGCGGGGCGGGCGGGCAAAUGAGCGAUAAGGAGAGAAAGAUGGAGAAUGGCAGAGAGUGAGCUGUUCUCCUGGAGUUCACAGUCUCUUCGCCCCUUGUUCCCUUGUUUUGUCUGGGAGUGCUGAACCCGUGAGCCGUGUCUGAGUGCCCUGCCGGAAGACGGUGCGGGAGCAGCAUUUGUCCUUGGCGCUGGGGAGCUGAUGUACAGGUAAAGGGCCGUGCCCCUCGCCAACCUGCGAUGCUCCGCACGGCUCCCCGGUGCCCGCCCGCAUAACGGGCUAGCAACAGCUGAGUGAUUGGACAAGGCUCUAACAUGGGAUCUGCCCGAUAUUCCCAACACUGCCUACGGUCGGGAAUGGCGAGCUGGGAGAACCGGGAAUCGACAUCAUUGUAACAUCUUUUUCCAGAUCCCGACUCCCGAAUCCGGCUCCAGGAUUUUGGGGUGCCGUUAAUCGCAAGGAGUGCACCAGUUUCCCAAGGUCAGUCUGUUCCAGCCGAGGUACUUCUUUUCCGUGACCUCGCCAAAUAUCACCAUUCAUGACUCAGCAGCAGGAAGUUCAUGGGAACAUUUUGAUGUACUUAAAGCUCUAGGCAACACAGUGGCACAGUCAAUAGAGCUGCUACCUCACUGCUCCAGAGACCUGGGUUCAAUUCUGACCUCGGGUGCUGCCUGUGUGGAGUUUGCACGUCCUCCCUCUGACCGUGUGGGUUUUCUCUGGCUGCUCCAGUUUCUAUCACGUCGCAAAGACAUGCAGGUUCCAUCGAAAUUCUCCUGAGUACAAGUCACUGCUUUAAACUGGUGUUCUGCUACGCUGGAGAUUUGUGGUGUGGCACUGGGCUGGAUGAGUCAGGACAUCUCGUGCCACAACGUUACAAAGAUCCAAGCGGUUUCUCCAUUGCUGCUUUUGUGGAAACACUUUUGUGCAUUAAAAAAAAUCUGGAAGGAGGAGCUUGCUAGCCAGAAAGGAGUAUUUAUUUACUCUACCAAAUUUCAGGACCUACUGACUCCAGAAUCCGCCACUUUCAAGUCCAUUCAUUUCAGGAUCCACAAACGACAGGAAUCACGAACUCCAGAAUCCACUGUACAGGGCUAAUUAAUUCCAGGAAUCAUUGUCUCUGCGAGACACUAGCUUCAGAAUUAAUGAACUUCACGAACCACACAACUCUGAAAUUCAUUAAGUACCACAUGGACAAGUUAACUGUAGGAUUCACCAGUUUCAGGAAUCCGUGAGCCUCAGAAAUCAUUAACUCUACAGUCCACCAACGCCAUUGGCCACUAAGUGCAAUAUUGACUAAUUCUAGGAGUAAAGAACUCUCCAACUCCAGGUUUUACAAACUUCAAAAUCCACAUGCUCCAAGAUCCACAAACCAUGAGAUCCACUAACGCCAGAAGCCAUUAACUCCAGGAUGUGCUGACUCACGAAGCCAAACUAACCCAGGAACCAUUGAGACCCAGAUUUACUAAGCCCCACAGACCUCAGGAUCUAUGGACUACAGGACCCACAAUCUGCGGGAUCUACAAACUGCAAAGUUCACUAACUCCAGGAUCCAUAAAAUCUAGAAUUAACAAAUUCUGGGAUCCACUAGCUCUAGGUCCACGUACCACAAGUAUCCUCAAACUCCAUUAGUCACUAAGUACAAUAUCCAUUGCUACAGGACUCAAAAACUCCUAGAACUAGUAAAUCUGGGACCAACAAAUUCCAGGAACAAUGAAUCAAUGACUCUAGAUUACACUAAUAUCUAUAAACGACAAGAUACACUAACUUUGGGUUGUACAAACCAGGGUAUACCAACCAGGAUCUGCUACUUAAUCCAUUAAAUCCCAGCUUCAACAUCCAGAAUUCAGCAGCUCUAGCUCCAGAAUCUAUCUCCGUCUCCUGUAUUACCUAACUUUUGUAGAUACACCAGAAUCCACCAUCUCCAACUCUAGAAUCCACUAACUUCAAGAGAUUCUUAUAGAUCCAGGAGCCAGAAACAACCAGAAUAAAAAGCUACAAGUUCCACUAACGAAGAACCUCGAAGCACAGGAUCUACUAACUUUAGGAUUCAUUAAGACCCACAAACAACAACAACAAAUUCACAAUUCCAGGAUCGACUAACACUAUUGAUCCACUCACUGGAAUAUAUGAUCUAGCUCCAGAAUGCAUUAAUUCCAGGAUCCGGUUGCACAAACAUCCAAGAUCUGCUAUUCCCUUAAAAACCAGGAUCAAUUAACUCUAUGAUCCACUAACUCCAGUGUCCAAUAACAGCAAGAUUGAUUGACUGUAGAAUCCACAAUCUCACUAUCCACUAACCCCACUUCAAGAAUUCAGGUAAUUUUAGUAUUCCACCAUCCUGAGACUCAAGAUAUCCCAGUAUUCUUGCUCUCCAGUUUUAGGAGAGUUAAUACACAAGACCCCACCACAUUCUAAUUCAACAGUUGUUCCCAGCUCCCCAGUGAGGGAAGCGUGAUUCCCUCCAGCAACAUGACAGUGGCCCACGGGGACAACGUUGAUGAGUUGGCUGCUCUCCCAGUCCAGAAUCAGGACUUGUACGGGCUGGAGCAAAACCACGAGUGCUGUGAGCGGGUGGUUAUCAACAUCUCGGGGCUUCGAUUUGAGACUCAGCUGAGGACCUUGGCGCAGUUCCCCGACACCCUGCUGGGGGACCCCAAGAAGAGGAUGGGCUACUUCGACCCCCUGAGGAACGAGUAUUUCUUUGACAGGAACCGGCCGAGUUUUGACGCCAUCCUCUACUACUACCAGUCAGGGGGGAGGCUGCGGAGGCCCGUCAACGUGCCCCUGGACAUUUUUGCAGAGGAGAUACGGUUCUAUGAGCUCGGAGAGGAGGCCAUGGAGAUGUUCAGAGAGGACGAAGGUUUUAUCAAGGAAGAGGAGCGGCCUUUACCAGAGAACGAGUUCCAGCGGCAGAUCUGGCUGCUCUUCGAGUACCCCGAGAGCUCAGGACCUGCCCGAGUCAUCGCCAUCAUGUCCGUCAUGGUCAUCCUCAUCUCCAUCGUCAGCUUCUGCCUGGAAACGCUCCCCGUCUUCAGAGAUGACAAAGAGAAUCCAGCUGGAGGAAGACCUCAAUAUAACAACGAGACGGCUCCCUAUCACAGCCCAACCUUCGCUGAUCCCUUCUUCAUCGUUGAGACCCUCUGCAUCAUUUGGUUCUCCUUCGAGUUCCUCGUCAGGUUGUUUGCUUGUCCAAGCAAGCCCAACUUCUUCAGAAACAUCAUGAACAUCAUUGACAUUGUGGCCAUUACUCCCUACUUCAUCACCCUGGGCACCGAGUUGGCUGAGCAGCAACAACAACAGCAGCAGGCAGGCAACGGGCAGCAACAAGGGCAGCAGGCCAUGUCCCUGGCCAUCCUAAGGGUCAUCCGGCUGGUCAGAGUCUUCAGAAUAUUCAAGCUCUCCAGGCACUCCAAGGGCCUGCAGAUCCUCGGGCAGACUCUGAAGGCCAGCAUGAGGGAGCUGGGGCUCCUCAUCUUCUUUCUCUUCAUCGGAGUCAUCCUCUUCUCCAGCGCCGUCUACUUUGCCGAGGCCGACGAGGCUGCCUCCUACUUCGACAGCAUCCCUGAUGCCUUCUGGUGGGCCGUGGUUUCCAUGACAACCGUCGGGUACGGAGACAUGUACCCCAUAACCAUCGGGGGCAAGAUGGUGGGCUCCCUCUGCGCCAUCGCCGGGGUGCUGACCAUCGCGCUGCCCGUGCCCGUCAUAGUCUCCAACUUCAACUACUUCUACCACCGGGAGACGGAGAACGAGGAGCAGGCCCAGUACCUGCACGUGAAGAGCUGCCCCACCAUCCCAUCCGUGACCGAUCUGAAGAAAAGUAACAGCACUUCAAGCAUCUGCAAGUCAGAGUACACCCAGGAGGGGAUGGGUGGCACUCGACAGCCCGCCGAACAUAACCUUCACAACGACAAUUGCACUUUAUCCAAUCCCAACUAUGUGAACAUCACCAAGAUGCGGAGUGACGUGUGAGCAUCUCACUGACAUUGGUCUCAUCCGAGAGGCACCAUUUAUAUCAUCUCACCGUUCUUUAGUUUACGGCCUGCUUUGUGUCUGUCAGUGUAGCUUCUAGUACUUGUUUCAGAGUAUUAAAAAGUCACAUGAUAACUAUGUCCUUUUUACCCUUCCCGACACAUUCCAUUACACUCCACUUGGGAAAUGUGCUAUUAACUUUAGGGAAAGCCAAAAUAAAUAGAAGAAUCCUGCAUGUGACAACUAUAAUGAGUAUCUGGAACUAGAGAGAACCCACAGAAUCCCUUACUGGAAUGGCCUAGUUCAGCUUAUUUAUCUAAAUAUCACUUCUACACUAUGGAUGAUUAAUCUGUCUGCCUGUUUAUUACAUCCUAUCACUAAA